CAAAUGAUUGGGUAUUUAUCAAAAUUUUUAGACAUGUAGCCUGAAUUUGUGAUAGGUUGUUUGUUCUCAUCAGGCCGAAAAAAGUCGUCAUCUUAAUGUGAAAUAUAUUUUUAUGCAAGAUUUUAUAACAUGAUAUGCUUUUCAAAAUAUUCGAAUAUUAACUAUUUUAUUUAUAUAUAUUUUUACUGUAUCGAGUAAUAUUUAAGAAUUUAAGUUAACUGAUAUCUUGAUACUUUGCUUUAUAAUUAAACACAACAUUGACACAAAAUUCACACACAAUGACUGAUAAUCGUCAUCAGUAUAUUGUGAAUCAGAAACAUUCGUCACCUAUUGACGGGAAUUGUGCAAAAGACGACGGGAUAGCCUUUAGUAAUGUCGGCGAAAGCCGUACAUCAAAUGCUGGUAUACUGAUUGAAAAUGAACGGAAAAAUGGGCAGAAUUCUUUUCAACUAUGGAAUUCACAUACUUAUAGUCAUGUGAGAUUUUGGAGACCACAUAGUAAAUGGGAAAGAUUUCUUAUUAUCGCGAUUAUAAUUCUAUUGAUUUUAUUAAUUAUAUUUGUUACUCUAUGGGGAAUUGAAAUGGCUGCAUAUGAAUAUCGACCGUGUUUACAACCUACAUGUAUCAAAAUGUCUUCAGAAAUUCUCAGUCAUAUGGAUACAAGUAUAUCGCCUUGUGAUGAUUUCUAUGCAUACGCUUGUAAUGGUUGGAUAAAACAGAAUCAUAUACCACAAGGUCAUAAUGCCUGGUCUGUAAUGCGUAAACUGUCAAAAAAUGGUGAAUACUUCACUAAAGAAUUACUUGAGAAUUCUUCACAUUCAGAUAAAAGUCGAGGUUUUCAAAUGGCUCAAAUUUACUACAGAUCUUGUAUGAAUGAAUCUGUUAUUGAGAGUCGUGGAUUCACACCAUUGUAUGAGUCUAUCCAGAAGAUAUUCAGAGGUUGGUUAUUACUGCCAAAAGGGAAUCCAGGCGCCAGAAAUGAAGAUGAUAACAAUUUUCUUCCGCAAACAUUUGAUUUAACAGAUAUGUACUUACCUUUGUUGAAGUAUCUUGGUGCAAUACCACUCUGUCGUAUUUUAGUUGAACAGGAUCAUAUGAAUUCUUCUCGAUUUGUUCUCAGUCUUCUAGAAGGAUAUUUGAGUUUACAACGAGAAUAUUACGUAAAUGAUUCUUAUCCAACUUACUCAAAAAAAACUGAAGCCUUUCGAAGAUUUAUGCGCAACUAUUCACUCCUACUCGGUGUACCAGAAUCUUCACAGGACAAAAUUGAUGCCAUCUAUGAAUUUGAAAAAAAGAUAGCAGUGAGAACUGAAGAACGUGGUGAAAGAGAUCCAGAGAAAAAUUAUGAACUUGUUACACUGCAGAAUUUAUCAUCUUUCUGUCCAGUGCUUAACUGGACUAGAUUAUUUAAUCAUAUAUACAAACCAUUGAAUUAUACAAUUUCACAAAAUCAAGUGAUUGCAUUAUACGAAGCUUCAUUUUUACGACUUAGAUGUGCGCUAUAUAAAGAAUACUUAUCAACAGAAGAAGGCAUUAAAACUUUACACAAUGCUCUGGUAUGGAGUUUCAUUUGGAAGACAUCACCACGUAUGCCGAAGAAAGUCAGUGAAAUGUUAGAAGAAUAUAGGGAAGCAGAAUUAGGAUUAAAAGUUGAUCCAGAUCGCUGGCAAACGUGUGUCACAGAAGUACAAUCACCAUUUGCAUUAGUAAUUGGUAGACACUUUGUUCAGGAAAGAUUCAAUCAGAAAAGCAAAGAAGCUGCAACAGAAAUGAUAACAGAGAUAAAGAAGGCCUUUAAAGAGAAUUUGGUCAAUGUCGAUUGGAUGCAAGAAGCUGAUAAGCACAAGGCAACGGAAAAGGUGGACUCAAUGAAGGCAUCAGUUGGUUAUCCACAGAAUAUUAAUAAUCUUGCCGAUGAAGAGAAGGAAUUUUCAUACUAUCCUGAUAUGAAUGAAUCAACAUAUUUCGAAAAUGCUCUGCAUUGCAGUGAAGCUGCCUUCCUUGAGAUUUUACGUGAAUUAAUCGAACAAAAUACGGACAGAUGGUCGUUGCCAGUGCAUAUUGUAAAUGCAUAUUAUAAAGAGAAUUCAAAUCAUAUUUAUUUUCCUGCUGGUAUACUCCAGAGUCCAUUGUAUCAUCAUGAACAACCUUUAUCCUUGAAUUUCGGUGGAAUUGGUAUGGUUGUAGGCCAUGAAAUUACUCAUGCCUUCGAUCAACAUGGUGCAAAGUUUGAUGCGAAAGGAAAUAUGCGGGAAUGGUGGAGUACAGCAACACAGACAGCUUUUGAAAAACGUUCCCAGUGUAUGAUUGAACAAUAUAGUAAUUAUUCAAUACAUAAUACAAGUCUCAAUGGGAAAAUGACUUUAGGAGAAAAUAUUGCUGAUAAUGGAGGUAUUAAAGCAGCAUACAAAGCAUUUAAAAAGCUUGAGGCUAAAUAUCAAGAUAAACCUAUUUUACCGGGUUUAAACUUUACACCGGAUCAGUUGUUUUUCAUUGGAUUUGCCCAAUUGUGGUGCAUUAAAAGUCUACCUCAGUCAAUUCUCAAUACAGUGCUUUUCGAUUCACAUACAGUGGAACAAUACAGAGUAAUUGGCACAUUAACAAAUUCAGAAGAAUUCGCUAAAGUCUUCGAUUGUCCAGCAGGGUCACCAAUGAAUCCCGUUAAGAAAUGUCAAGUUUGGUAAAUCCUUUCAACAUUCAAGUAUUAUCGCUUACAACAACAACAGCAUGAUAAACAGCACCAGAAGCGGCACAAUCACCAACAGAUCUAUAAUCCAAAGAAAUGAAUCCAUUCUCUCCAGUUUUCUUUUUUGUCCAUUCCCAUUUCUGUUAAUUCGUACACUUCACAUGAAAGUUUUUCCCCAUUAUUACUAUUAGUAUUAUUCCUACUGGUAUCAUUACUACUACUACUAUUGUUAUUAUUGUUAUUCUCAUCAUUCACGAAAGUAACACAAGUAAAUAUGGUACUUAAAGUUAUGUCAACCUGUUUAUUUGUGUGUAUGUGUGCGUGUGUGUUUGUAAACAGUUGAGUUAGUCUGAUGAAAAGCGAUGGCACAAGUUUAGCAACAACAGCAAAAAUUAAUGUAUUUAUAUUAGAUUCACCAUCCUGAGCAUGUUUGUUCUCACACAAUGCAUGUGUGUGUGUUUGUGAAUGCGUAACUGUGGUCGUUUAUUCAUCAUUCGAGUGGUUGGGCAUUUUUGUCUUAUGUGUUUAUACAGUAUGGACGUGUCCUUUUUUUAUUGUCAAACAAUAAGUAACAUAAGUAACAAUUAAAUUAAUUGUAAUUAUGAAAACUAAACAUUGUGAUUAUUAUCAUUAAUAAUAAGACGGUUUGUUAGUUAAACAAUUUUGUUUGUUUAUUUGUUGACUCACCUGGAUUCUAACAAUUGAUCAUUGACCUUUGAUGGUUAUUACUCCUGAUUAAUUCCUGUUCUUGUAUUUUAAAUUCCCGCGUUUUGUUAUUUGUUCGGAACCAUUGAUGAAUUUAAACAAAUUCAUUGAAAAAUAAUCCAGACAAAAUAAUGUUGGAUAUGACUUAUUUUAUUAUUAACAUUAUUAUUAUUACUAUUAAUACUGUUAUUCAUUAUGAAUGAUUAUGACACUAACACUAAAAAAUAAUUUGUUUAUAUCGCAGUGUAUUCAAUGUUUCAAUUGCAUUGUUUAAAUAUCCACGCGCGCGCGCACAAACACACACGCACACAAACAUAUAUUUUCUUUUUCUGAAUAAGUAAUGCAUGCAUAGAUUUGUGCGGUUUUUUUCUCUCCUUUGAUGACUACAAUAAUGUGUAUUGUGUAUUGUGACAGUUUUGAUUUUAUGACUAUCUGACAGAUCCUUUAAAUAAUUUAUUUUUAACUGUCAAAUGAUUCAUUUUGUCAAGGAGCCCAUCCUUUGAUUUAUUAUUUUUUUAUUAUUAUUUUCUUAGGUUUCAGGUGGGACACAGGGCUUUGACAGCUGGCUCUACGAUUGCCCAUAAGCUGUCAUCCCUUCUUCACACGGUCUCCUAC